AGCGUCUUUCUCACUUCUUCUCUCUCACGGACCUUCUCCUCUCGGCUCGUCUUCGGUUCGGUUUUUCUCGGCGACUUUCGCUUCAAUCAGCUGUUUGGAAACGCGCGUAAAACCAUGUCAGCCUUGCGCUUUUGGCACAUCCUCCACCUCAGUCCGCUCAGGAACCAAACAUACGGAGCUCCUCUUCGUGUUGCGACAUUCCUGCCGCACAUGAAGUGGGUGUAAACUCCCUCAAAGAGCUCUCACACUCUUUCUACUCUUUCAUUGAGGAAGUUCACUCCAGUCAGAGAGAGACGCACAGCAGGACGCAAAGGUGAGUCUUUAAAGUCACUCUGUUUUAUCAGAUGCUCAGAAAUGUUGACAGUUGGGUUUCUGCUCGGUCUUUAAACGGAUGUGGAGAUCUUAAAGCUGAUUAAAUGUUCAGUUUUAGCCUCUUAAUGUCACUAAAACACAAUCUGCUUCAUCUCUGCAGUUGUCCUGAACCACUGAAUUAAAUCUGUUAACUGUAAGUUUUGACCUGUAUCAACGUGACUUAAGCAGCUUUGUUAUUUCUGUCAUUUCAAAGAGUUUAAAAUAAACGUAUUUUUCAGUUUAAAACAAUUUAAAGAGACAGAAAAACCUCAGUUGGGGCUGCUUUAAAUGCGCUGUAAAAAAGAAAUAUUUCAGAUUGUUUUAAAAGAGUUUGGUAAGUUUUUUAAGUGGCUUUUAAAACUAAUUUUAAAAGCCAUGGAGUUCUUUUCAAAGAUCAUGUUCCACUUUAAUUCUUUUUGUUUCCUUCGGCUUUCUGCUUGUCAGGCUGUCAAAGUUGAAUCUGUAAAAACAAGAAAGAUCAGAAGCAGGUACACGCUUAAGUUGAGUCCUAUCCCAGGUGUGAUCCUGAGGGGGCGGGGCUUAAAACAGCCUAUCAUAGUAAAGCUCGCUCAGGUAUGUGUAAAGUAAGACACGUUGUCAUUCAUGGUAACAGAGACAGAGUUGUUCUCUUCAUGGAUUCUUUUUCAAUUUCAUUAAAAUAAAAAUCUAAGAGCUUUUAAAAUCGGUUUGAAAAAUAAAAAUAUAAUCUUAAAAGCGAUUUCAAAGGGGCUUAAUAGGAAAAACUUUUACUGACAGUAAAAUGGAGGUGAAACGAAAGCAGCAGGAACAGGUUAGAGUUGUCUUUAUGUUCAGGUGUGCUUUUUAAAGGGACGGGGCUUGAUGACAGGUUACCAAAAAUAGACCUCAACCAGGUGUAAGUGACGUCAUGAAGUUUGUCGAUCUCGCCAACACGGACGUUUUUUCUCCUUUUAAAUUCUUUAGUAUCUUAUUUUGAAGUUAUUUUCGAAGCUGUUUUGUUGACACUGAAUUUUAAAAUGACUGAAGAUCUAAAAAUAAAACAAAAACAUUAAAAAGAAAUGAGCAGAAACUUGCUUAGGAUUGUUUUGGCUCAGGUAUGCCUUUAAAGGGGCGUGGCUUAAUGAUAGCCUAUCCAAUCAUUAACGUCUUUAAGUGUAGAUAAUGUUUUUUGAGGGUGACCUUUAUUAAACCCUCAGGGCAUCUUGGGGACAAAAAGGGACAUUUUGGGUGUUUUUUUUUUUUUUUUGUUCUUCUCUCAGUAACCCGGUCGGUUUAAAGGUUAGCUGGAUGAAAUUUUGGCACAAAUUUAAAAAAAAUUUUAUUCUCUUAAUUCCAAAAGCCUGUCUGUUGGAAGUGUAGAAUGAGAGAUUUGCAUCACACAGACACUUGUUAACCUCGUGACCAAAUUUGGCCCAUUGACUCCCAUUAUAACCACAUAUUUGUCAUAAACUAUAAUCCUAACAAAUUAUAAUGCUUUUUUCUAUUUAUACCUACUAGAUUUAAGCUUUUACCUUCAAAAUUUAGGGAAAAUAUGUUUUAGGUGUAAUGACCCCCUUUAACAACUAGAGGCCAUUACAUAAAGUUUGUGUCCACGAGGUUAACAAGUGUCAGUAAAUUUUAAGGGGUGGACAAGGGUUAAAUUUGGAUUUCAUGUUUCUCUAUGUUGAUUUUCUGAUGUUCACAGUUUAAAACGGUCAGAAAUCUAGUUUUGGUUCUAAAAUCUUUUAAAGGGUAUAAAUAUUUUGUCAUUGUCAAUUUCAAAAAGGUCUUCUCUGUACAAAUUUAUGUCAGUGGUGUUCUUAAAGUUGAAGGUAUAAUUUAAAACACCUUAUGAGCUGUAAAUGUCUUUUGAGGUUUAAGUUAUUUUCAAGUUUUUAAAGUAUUAGAAAAGAACCUCAGAAAUUAUUUUAAAGUUACUUAACGUUGAUUAUAGAAAUAUUUUCAAAGCAAUUUUAACUUUAUUUUUAAUGUCGAGGUGAAACAAACUUAAAAAUCAUUUUAAAGUUUCUUGAUGGUUUAAUUUUGAACAGACGUUUAGGUGGCUCUAACUCUAAGGAGGCGUGGCCUAAUAACAGUGACAAGAACAGGACAAGAAGUGUAGUGUGACAUUUAUAUAAACCCAAUUUUUCCUUAGAUAAAUUCUGAAAUAUGGUUAAAAGUUUGAGUUUUAUGACGGAUGUUUUAUCGGCUUUUAUAGAGACUUUGAAACUGAAUUGAAACCAAACUUAAAAAAGAAAAGGGAAGAGCAGAAACACGCCUGAGGUGUGACUGUGAGGGGGCGUGGCCUACAGAAUAAACCUCGUUCAGGCUGAGGUCAUCAUCCACAUAUAGGGACAGGGACAGGUUAAAGCGCCUCAGGUGUCUACGGUAAGCUCCACCCGAAGAUUCAACAGACAUUGGUGAGUGAGUUAAUCAGCCUCUGGGUCACAGAUGUCUCAUCUUCUGCAUUGUUUCAGGGAGGAUAAUGAUGUGAAUCAGGAUGACUGUUCAUCAUCAUAUUUUCUCAUAACAUAUCAGAAUUAAAGAGGUGACUCAGACGUUUCGAUCUGAAUCACAAACAAACAUUUUAAGGUCUUUUAAAGUCCUUCUGAUAAAAAGAUGUGUUUAAUUUUGAGUUUAACAAAUGUGCAUUUAGCUAAACUCUAAUAUUUCCAGUUUUAUUUAUUAGGUUUUAUUUAGUGCUUUGAAAUUUAGUUGGUAAUAUUAUUAGACAAUAUUGAGAUGUUUUAAUGUCAGACUGUGCACAUUAUCUUUUAUGCGCAGCAGUUUUUGCUGUUAAGUCAUGAUAAAUAUUUGCACAUCGCUCUGUCGAACUUCUCUCAUGAUCCUUUUGAUUGUAGAGUUGCUGGAUGAUCAGUAUUCCCCAUAAAAACACUGUAACACAAUAGUUUUAUAGCUUUGCUAAAUUGCUGCUUGUGAUUUUCUGAUUUUUUGUUUCUGAUUUCUUCUCGUUUUUGUUGUAAAAAUUUCCAUUUUUGAUUCAGACGAUCGUCGACUUCUCUUCGAUUUUGCCUCGUCUUUGUUUUCUGGUCCGGCUCCUUCAGAUUCUGCUUUAUGGCGUUUUAAGACCUUUAAAAAAAUCUUCAGUUUUACUCGUUUAUUUACUUUUACAGCCAUUAAAAGUCACUGAACUCUGAGUUCAUGAGUCUCAGGUCAAGUUUGGUUCAUCGGUUCAGGGACAAAAAUCAAAAUCAGCUUUUCUCAGUAACCACCUGCUUCUCUAAAUAAAAGUCCCAUCUGUGAACCUCCUCUAAGGUCAUGGAUAUGGUCAGAUAAAAAGGGAACUCACACAGGGAUGUUCUGGGUCAGAUUUAUUAUCUGACCUUUAGACCAGUCUGAAGAUUGAAAUAGGUAGAAGUGAAAUAAGAGCUCGUUUCCAUUUAGGGUUAGGGUUUAUCAUCCUGCAGAACGAGUAAGACUUUUGGAAUGAUUGUUUCAUUUCCCCCUCUGGUUAAAAAAUAAUUUUUAUUGGUAUAUGAUCGAAAAAAGGAGCUUCAACAGUGACCUGAAUAUCAGCAGUAAAUCCAGAGGGAUUUUGUCUCGUUGGUUUUCCCUCAAUUUUGUCUCUCAGGCCCCACAGAACAAGCCGUAGAUUCAACAAAUAAGAAUUUAUCCAGACAAAACAACCUCAUCUAUAAUUUUGGUGAAAACUACUAAAAAUGUUUGUUUUUAAUUACAGUCAUUUAAAGGGAUAUUCUGGCAUAAAAUUAAUUUAGCAUCAAACACACCGUAACACUAAGUUAGACCCCCCCUCCAGAGAUGAAUGUUGUCGACCGCUUGCUUCUCUAGUUAUACCAACUUUAGUAACAACCGCAGGAUAGCGAUACAGAGAGCCACGCCCUCAAACCAAAAUGCCACUCUAUAGCCACAACAGCACCUAACUUCAUCAACAGGACAUAUAGGGUCACAGCCAUAGUACUAGACACCAAACAUCUUUUUAACUUCGACUCAUUUCUUUAGCAAAGAGACUAAACACAACUCACCUACUCUCUUCCAGCAGCUGCUUAAGGAAGAACAGGCGCUGUUCUGAGCAUUAUUUGUGGCUAUAGAGUGGCGUUUUGGUUGAGGUUUGUUUAUGGCUCCUCAGACCGCUGUGUAUUGCUAUCGUGUGGUCGUUACUAAAGUUGGUAAAACUAGAGAAGCAAGCGGUCGGCAACAUCCAUCUCUUGAGGGGGGGUCUAAACUUGGUGUCAUUGUGUGUUUGACCCUAAAUUAAUUUUAUGCCGGAAUAUCCCUUUAAUAGUGGAAGAUAGCUAAUAAAACCAACUCUACUCAGUUUUAAGGUUCAUCGUUGGUGUUAAAGAUGGCAGCUUUGAAUUUGUCAACACAGAUUAAACUUGAAUUCUAAUUUUCAGUUAUUUAUGUAACUAUUUUUGAUGAACUCUGUCUAAUACUUUUAAACUAACUGCAUGCCAACUUUAAGAGGUUAGUAAUAGAUCCAAAUUAAAACCUCUGAUCUAAGCCAAAAACCAAACCUGCUACUAAAGGAUAAAGUUAAUCAAUCUCACAAUUUGUACGGAUUAAUAGUCUGGAAAAAAUGAACAUCUGCACCAAAUUUUACUCCAUUUGGUUAAUUGUUUCCAAAUAUAUUACAAUUGAGAUAGAAGGACUAAAUCAGUUCACAUUGCUAACCGCUAACUUGGCGAACACACUGUGGUUGUCAGUCGGGUUAACGGAGAGUAAAACAGAAAUAGAAUCCAGCGCCGCAGGUUCAGGCCAACUAAUCAACUCGUGAGGAGUUAAAAUAACUCAACCCACUUCAGGCUCCAGCGCCAAUAUUGGUGUAAGGUGAGUCCACACACAGCCAGUGGAGGACGGUAAAUAUUUGAGCGCCAUAUAAGAGCGUAUUAACUGAAUGAAGUGACGGCUGCUUCAUGAAACAACGUCACCAGACCGGACAUAAUCAGGAACUCGAGCUCUUUAUUACAUUGUUUUAUAAGCCGUUUUAUAAGGUUACAUAGAGAGUUUCAGUGUUUGAUGAAUUACCAGAUCAUAGGGAAGUGAAUUUGAUGGAGAGGCUCAAACUUUAUAGACAGUUUUGGUACUUUUUUAUUUCUUUUAAUUAUGGUUUGUUUCUUUCAGUGCCAUCCACCUUCAAACAAAAGAAAAUCUUUCUCUUUAAUUAAAAAUAAUACAUUGGUCACACCUCUGAGUGAGAUACAGCUCACUUUUUGGAAGAUUAAAAGGUAUCAAAGUGUGACUUAUACGCCAAAUAUUACGGUAAUUCUUGGAAGGUUUUUUAAAAGUCCAGAAAUGGUGCAGUCUUUGAAUUAAGAGGCGGGAAAAAGCACUUUUUAAGAAAUGAGAGUCAACUUUAUUUAACUUUUUUGAUUUUCCAAACAGUGUCUAUUCGAGCGUAAUGGUGCGUUCGAGUUACCUCAGAAGUCGGAGCUGAAAAUGACGUCACACCUGAGUUACCAGCGUUUCAGUUACCAAGUUGGAAAAAAGCUAAAUCGGAGGUGGAAACAAAAUGGCUACAUCUACGAAAGUUAUUUCAGCGCUCGCCUUGUCCAAAUAUAAGGCUAGCGCUAAAAUAGCUUUCGUAGAUGUAGCCAUCUUGUUUCCACCUCCGAUUUUGCUUUUUUCCGACUUGGUAACUGAAACACAGGGAACUCAAGUGUGACGUCAUUUUCUACUUCUGACUUCCAUAGUAACUCGAAUGUAGCAUUAAUGGUCACUUGAUCACCAUGGUAACAUGGUUACGCUAAACCCGUCUGUAGAAAAACUUUGAUUUUAAUGUUUGUAGUACAAUUUCAGAAAUAUUUUUAAAAGGAAAAACGACACAGUUUGAGUCAAACUGUGGUUUUUGCUGUUUAUUUAACCCCUUUUUUUUUUUCAAUGAUUGCUUUAUCAGACUCUCAAUCAGGAAACAACUCCACACAUCUUUUUUAAAGUCAGUCCACACUCACUGUAAGCGCUAAAAACACUGAAACAAAGACAAACCGUCCAGCCAGUUACAGACAUUUUCUAACUGUGUAUAUUUUGCAAUUUGGGUGAACUAACCCUUUAAUUCCUCUUUUCUAGAUGAGCAGCAGAGAAGCCAACGGUGACUGCACCACAAAGAUAUCCAAGAAAGCCAAAAUGAGUGGAGACACAGCACACCUACACCGGGACGGCAUCCCUGCCGACACGCUCAGUAAGGUCGGUGUCAACGAAGGAGGGAGUUUAGAAAUAUUAGAGGCUCCUCAAUUGUUUCUAUUCAACAAUAUCACAAACCCUCGAUUUAGGAACUUGAAAAAUAAUGUUUGGUUAAAACUGGAUUUUCACUUUAUUUCUGUAAAAGUAAAUUUAUGCCUAAUACUGUUUUUAACUCUUAAUUCUGUCGUAUAAUUGAGGGACAAUCUCCAUUUUUGGACAGUGAAGCCAAGACAAAAGUGUAUUUGACUUCGGCUCCGAAUACAAAAGAACAUCCAUUCGGCUGCAUAUUAAAAAGCUCUUUUUAAAAGCUAAAUCGAACGUGUUUACAGCCGGGUUAAAAAUCUUUCUGAGUAGUUGAGUAAUGUUAGUGUUUUUCUGAUGUUACCCGUGGGAUUGAUUUUUGCACCAAUGAAGAAAAAAUGAGAUAAACUGGGUCAAAAAGCACAAAAAUAUAAACAAACUGUUCUUCAGUUUUCAGCUUUCUCCAGCUGUUCAACUUGAAAACUUCAAUCAGGAUCCAAAGAAGCUGCUGAAGUGUUAUUGUGUAAAAUUAUUCCUCUGUGUGGUUAACGUCUCGUUGCACACAGUGUGAGGAAACAAAGUGUACGGGAGGAUUCUCAGAUUAGGUAAUCAGAGUGUUCAUUUCUGUCUGACUCAAAGAGGAGGAUCAGUCAUCAAACAUUUUCUGAAAUUUACUGUCGGAGAUUUCCAGAUUUUAGUCCAAAGUUCAAAAAGUUCAAACCGCAGAAGGUCAAACAGAAGGAGAAACUGACACUUCUGCAGGUUUCAUUCAGGAAGUCAGUCCAGCUGUGAAUCUCCAUGAUGACAUUUUCGAACAAUAAUUCCAACGCUACACUUUCAUCACUAUCACACUAAGUCUUUACUGUUGACAUUAGAAAUACUCAACUACGCUGGCAUAGUCCAGAGGAGACAGUUUUUUGUUCAUUACAAUAUUUUUAUUGAAUACAGUCAUGUAGGAAACCUCUGAUCCAUUACUGAAGCUGUUUAUGAAACAAACAUUUAAUGUUCAGGCAAAGAAAAUGUUUAACAAUGAUAACACAACUGUUAUAAGUCCUUGUCAUUCAUCAGUUGUAACAUAACAGUUCAUGGAUGUGAGACACAGACCGUUGCUAAGAAGAACAGACCACCACUAUAAAUAACAGACUGCUACUAUACAUAACAGACCAUAACAAUGAAUUACAGACAAUGCUACACAUAGCAGACUGUUGCCACAGAUAACAGACCAUCCCUCACUAUAAAGACUGGACUGUUGCUAUGGAGAAAAAAUUGUUGCUCAUGAUUAAUAACAGACCGUUGCCAUAGAGAACAGGCCCUCUGUAGCUAAGAAGAAAAGACUGCUACUAUUAAUAACAGACCAUAGCUGUACAUAACAGACUGCUACAAUAUAUAACAGACCAUAAUAAAAAAUUACAGACAAUGCUAUACAUAGCAGACUGUGGCCACGGAUAACACACCACCUAUUACUAUAAAGAACGGACUGUUGCUAUGGAGAACAAAUUGUUGCUAAUGAUAAAUAACAGACCGUUGCUAUGGAGAACAGACCCGCUAUAGCUAAGAAGAACAGACUGCUACGAAAUAUAACAGACAAUAACAAAAAAACUACAGACAAUGCUAUAAAUAGCAGACUGUCUGUCUCCAAGAGGAACAGACCACCAUGACAUUAUGAAUAACAGACCACUCCUUUCGAUAACAGACCUGCUAUAACUAAAUGAUGGUUGCAAUCAAUAACAGGUAGUUGCUACAAAUACCGCUAUGAAGAUUCUUGCUGUGAAUAACAAGAGUGUCUCUAAGGAUACAGAUCGUUGCUAGGGGUGUGGCCAUUGAACCCUGGAGAAAAGACCGUUACGUCAAACUCUUAGAUGACGUCGGGUUAAUUUGACAGGUUUGUUUAAACCUUGAAUAGAGAACAAAAAAGCAUGAUAAGUCUCUGCUGUGUCAAUCACCAUGGCUACCUCCACUCAUGCUUCAUUAUAUAAUAUAAUUUUAUAUAUAUUAUACCACCCUACAUGCAAAAACACUUUUUUUAUACAGAUAAUAUUCAAUAAUGUUUUAUACUCUCUUAUGUAACAGAUCUGUGAUGUUCCUGUACAUACUGAAGGCUGUCUUAAACCAAUAAACCGAGUCUGCAUUUUAAUCAGAGUCAUGAUGGAGGAAUGAAGUCGGCCCUGCCUCCUCUUGGCUAAACAAACGUGUAGAGACAAGAACCGUACAGAAAAGGAGGAAAUAAUGAGAGCAGGAGAUGAAGAAAGAGUUUAACAGCAGAGAAAGAAAGAGCGAGACGAGGCCUGAGUGAACACGUCUGUGGAAAAUUACAGUAACCCACGAGAAGAAGAGGGAGAAUAAAAAGAAGAGACAGAGAGGAGCGGUGUUUGUUUGAAUCAAAGCCUCAUAUCUAUCACUUCAGCCCUGAGGCUGGGACCUGGGUCGUGCAAAGAGGUCAUUCCUCUGUCCUAGUUCACCUUGGAGGUCAUUCCGAAGUUAUUCUUUCCCCAAGGGAGAUCGUUAAGAAGUCCUUAUCUCCUUAGGGUGGUCAUUCCAAACUCCUACUUCCACAGGGAGGUCUUUCUAAAGUCCUUAUCCACUCAAGAUGGUCCUUUAAAUGUCUUUAUCGCCUUAGGGUAGUCAUUCCAAAGUCCUACCCAUUCAGGGAGGUCAUCCAGAAGUCCUUAUCCACUCAUGGAGGUCCUUCUAAAGUCCUUACCUUUACAGCAAGUCUUUCCAAAGUCCUUUCCCACUCAGGGAGGUUAUUCAGAAGUCCUUAUCCACUCAUGGUGGUCAUUCCAAACUCCUACUUCCACAGGGAGGUCUUUCUCAAGUCCUUAUCUACUCAAGAUGGUCCUUCAAAUGUUCUUAUCUCCAUAGGGUAGUCAUUCCAAAGUCCUUACCCACUCAGGGAGGUCAUUCAAGGAGGUCACUCUAAAGUCCUUAUCCACUCAUGGUGGUCAUUCCAAACUCUUUAUUCCUUUGGGAGUUUGUCCCAUUUUUUCUUCAGGGAGAUUGUUUCCAAAUCCCUAAUCUACGAAUGUAAGUUGCUCCAAAGCCUGUAUCUACUCAAGGAGAUCUUUCCAAAGUAUUUACCCUCAAAAGGAGGAUGUCCUAAAGUCCUCAUCUUCUGGGAGGUCAUUCUAAAGUCCUUCUUUCCUAAAGGACAUUGUUCAGGCUGAUCAUCUUUAGAUCUGAGCCUCAACCUUGGAACAACCACAAGGGUCCCAACUGAGGAUACAAGAUGGUUCAUAUGGCGUCUACAUUUCUGUUACAUAACUUUGGACAAGUUGAUGCUGUGCUUGAAUGCAGUUUAUUUCCCAGAGUUCCUCCCUGAUACCAUCUUUUGGAUCAGACUUUUGGAGGGCUGUUGAAACACGUCUGGGCUUUUAGAUGCAUGUGUGAUGUAAGAAACGCUGUGCUGAUUGCCAAAGAAAACAAAGUCCAUGAGACCGUCACACGACAGAUUAGCUGUGAUGAAACUGGUCCUUUGUGAUCCAGUCUGAGCCUCCAUGUUAAAACCUGGAUGAACUCAAACACAGGCUGAAAACAGACACGCCUGAACUUCCCAUAAACAUUUCCCAAAGUUAUCCAGAGUGUGGAGGGUGUGCUUCAUCCAGGUGUGUCUGCAACCACUCAUGUUUGAUCUGUGGGAUUAAGGGACGUUCCGGUAAAAUGCCAAACAAGACGAGUAAAAAAAAGAUUGGGAAAAUAUCUAAAAAUCAAAUGUAGUUUAUUGUUUUUUUGCUGCAGUCAGUGCAGCAUUCAAACACUGUGCAGGGUUUUUCCAGCUUCGCAGGAAGUGGAAAACAGGAAGGGCGAUGUGAAUUGUUGCCGCCAUCUCCAGAGGGUUAAUAACAUGAGAUACCAGCCCGGCCUCUUCCUGAUGGAUUUACCAAAGAAACUCCUUAAUGAGCAGAAAUGCAGGAGCUUUUGACUCAGAGGUUCAGGGAUAACCUAUUCAUGUUGACAGCAGGGGUGUGUGGUGCAAUUGGCCGCAUGAAACAACACCGUAAAAAAGAACCGUGUUUAUUGUAGUCCAUAUGUGGAAGAUUGUUGUUUUCUACACAGUUUAAAGGCCGUCUGAUCCUCCUAACUCCACACUCAUCUUUUCCUAACCUCAUGGGUAGGGCUGGGCGAUAUGGGAAAAAGUUUAUCACAAUAUAUUUUUUCCAUAUCAGUCGAUGUAUAUCACGAACCGUUCAGGGUUUGUAACCUUUUGCGUUGCGCAUGCUCUGCGGCGUGGCGCUGCUUCAGGUGGUGAAAAAGAUUUGAGGUAUUCCCCGACUUUGUGAGAACAUGUACUCGACAUAAUUUACAGUCCACAUUACUCUGCUUCAUGUCCGACCUCCAAAAACCAAAAUACCUCCACACCACCGACGUUUUCCUAACGCCAGUGUUGUCGACAAUGUCGUCAUCUGUUGAGCCUUCAUGGUCAUUUCUGUCGGGGGUAGCACUCAUUUUCUUUGCUGUCGGCUUCACCUGUUAAAGUGCUAUGGUUGGGUGUAGCUGCUGUCUGCUAUGAUGCAGUUGUUUGCCUCUUGGUUCUAAUUCAGCACAUGAUUGGUUCAGACCCGGAGCAACUCCCCUUUUCAUUGGCUAUUCGUAUAGUCUACCAAAACAUGACAGAAUGCUGACAAUUUAAAAUCAUGUUGACCAUGUUUUAUAUUGAUAUUGAGGGAAAUUAAUUUUCGAUAUAUAUUGUUAUCGUUUUAUCGCCCAGCCCUACUCAUGAUGUUUUGUAGACAUAUUUUGAGGUUGUGUAACGUAUUUGGGGUGCAUAUUCCCUGCUCCCCAAAAAGCCCCUUUCUUAUGUAAAUGCUGAUGCACAAAUGUUAACAACUGCAAAUACAGGCCAACAAGACAAGAGCAGUAACUUAAGACAGAGAGAGCAGAUUUUGUAUUUUAAUCUCUGACUCCCUCUGUUGAUUAGCCAACACUGUUUAAUACUGAGAUACAGGAAUCAACAAACAAACUUUAAACUUCGUGAGAAACGUUCUGUCCAUUACAGUAACAUGAAAAUUCUUAUCUACAUCAUUUAAAAUCGUAAAAUGUAAUGAGCUGUUUCCCAAACUGGUCGGCUCGUACCGACCCCCUCGUGUUGAUUUAAAGCAUUAAAAAUGUAAAAACGGUCGAUCUUGUCGCUUAUGGACAUGUUUGCUUUUGAAUAUCAUAAAAAUGCAUGACCAUAAAUUUCAGUCAAUCACAUAAACAUCUAAAAACUUCCCAGAGGAGCUUUAAGAGUAAUCAAGUCACAUGUCUGCGGGUUUAUUGCGAACAGAAGCAGCUAAAGGCUUGUUUAGGGAGCUGUCUUUGGUGCAUAUUUAUUUAUCAGUCUCACUGAAUGUAUUCCAUCUGCUCCUGUUUAUUGAUAAUUAUAGCCUCUUGACACAGACCUGUCAGACAGUCUCUGCUGGACUCUCAGGUUUUCUUUCCUUCUAUUUCAAGUGUCUGUUUGACGAGUUCCCAGGUUAAGAUAAUAUCAUCAUCAGCUUUGUUCUCUUAAGUGCCUCCAGAUUCCUGAAAUACCAGGAGCGGCAUCCUGAUACAGCUGAUUCAGGUUUUAUCAGGCGUGUAGGUGUGACAGUGGUUGAUUCAUUAUCAUCGUAAUUACAGUUCUGAUUGUUGAACAGUGUCACUGUCUCACUGUUCAGGUUUGUAUCCUUUGUAAUCAAAGCUACAUCUCCGAAUGAGCAGAAAUCGUCCUGGAUUACCCACUGUUGUUUCUUUUCCAGUUGAUGAUUCAGUCAGUGCAGAUUUGACUCAAUGCUGCCCUCUUGUGGAUCUAUUGGGUUUUAUUUCAAAGAUGGUCUCUGCAGUGCUGAAAUCUCUUAUUUCAGGAUUCACUAUUUUAUGCGAAAACCACAUACAAGUGUUUUCAUCACAUUUCAUGUGAAAGAGAAUUAGUUAUCAAACUUGAAAAGAGCAAUUUUCACCUGAUAAGUCUGGAUAAAUGUCAUAUUUCAAGAUGCCAGAAUCGCUUGUUGUGCUUCAAAAAAAAAAAAAAAAAAAUUCUGCUAGUGGGAUUAAAAAAUAUUCGAUGAGUCAGUUUUCUGUAAGGAUUAAUAAUUUCCAUGAUUGAAAACAAUUGUUGGUAAAUUCUUGGCAUUUUUUCACUUGUUUUCUCCAAUCUUGAGAAAUGAAGCAGCUGCAAAAGUGCCUAAAGCUGCAGCUCCUCCAGUGUCCACUAGAGGCUGGCUCCAAAAACUUCAAAAGCCACAUACACACUCACUCAAAAAAGGGUUUCUCUAGAUAAAAUAAAACAUGUUUACAGCCGGGUACAAAAAUAGAUUUUGGUCUUGGUUUCAUAUUUCUCUGUAUCUUCACGCUGUGCAGGUAGUGAACUGUUUUAUCAUUUAUGAAUUUAAGAUAUUAGGGUGAUAAAUUUGGCUUAAGUAGAAGCUCGGACUUUAAAACUUGCAGUGUAACUCUGCCUUCAUACGUCAAUGAAGUUAUUAUUUGGAUUAUUGAUUGAAUGACAGUCAGCAACAGCAGAUAUCAAAGUGUAUCCGUGUUUAUAAUAAUACUCUGCUGAAAAUUAACCGAGUGACUCCAACAUAAAGUCUCUGUUUGGACACUUUAUUGAUUUUUAUAUCUAUAAUAUAUUCUCUGCGUACCUGUCUCCACAGGUGGAUAUGUACCUGGACUCGUUCUGUUUGUCUGAAGAGAAGCUGCAGAAGGUUUCCGCUCAGCUGAGGAAGGACAUGAUCCGAGGUUUGGGGAAACACUCGCACAACAAAGCGCCCGUUAAGAUGCUGCCCACCUUCGUCAGGGCCACACCUGAUGGGACAGGUAAGACGCCAAAUAGACGUCAUGUGCAGAACACCGUUUGUCAUGUGUCGUUCAAAAUUCCCAAAUACGUGGAUGUCAACUGUUCUGCAAUAGACAUUAUCAUGUGCGGAGCGUAUAUGAAUUAUACUGUAAUCUACUUAACCAUGCGAAAUACAAAUGCACUUUGAAAGCACAAUGGAAGUGCAUAAUCUUGAUUAUUUCGGUGCAAAACACAACCACAAUAACAUUAUGUGGUUUUACUGUCGAUUACAAGAAUAUUUUUAACUGUGCAUAUAUAAUUUUACAGUACAGUAGCACCGUUUUCAAUUUAAAGCUGUUAUUAUGGAUAACUGGAUGAUGACAGUUAAGGUUCUCCUCUCGUCUUCCUUUUCUGAGAGAGGAACACAAAAAAGAGACACAAGAAAAAUGUUGAUUUUUGCACUUAUAAAAGGAGCUGGAAAUAGUUCAUCCCAGACUAAAAAUGAAUCUUAUCAGUGUUCCAGUUCUUCUCUCUCACCAAAAUAAUCUCCUCUUGCAGAAAAAGGUGACUUCUUGGCCCUGGAUCUGGGUGGAACAAACUUCCGGGUGCUUCAUGUCCGGGUGGUGGAGGAGGAGCAGAAAGUGCUGAAGAUGGACAGUCAGAUCUGCGCCAUACCAAAGGAGAUGAUGCUGGGGACUGGAGAGCAGGUGACACACAAAUACAGUUUUAUAUUUUUUACAUUUAGAAUAAAUCUGUUUGAAGUUAAUCGGCCGUCUUUCCUCUCUGCAGCUGUUCGACCACAUCGCGGCGUGUCUCAGCGAUUUCCUCGUCUCUCAGGAUCUGAAGGGUCAAACUCUUCCUCUGGGCUUCACCUUCUCCUUCCCCUGUGAACAGAAAGAGAUCGACAAGGUCUGACACAAACACUCUGUGUUCAUUUUUUAUUAUUUUAAGGAAAUAACCUCAUUAUAGACACGACUGUACAUCAAAUUUAACGUUCGAAUCCCUUCCCUCCUCAGAGCAUCCUGAUUCGCUGGACUAAAGGCUUCAACUGCUCUGGGGUGGAGGGUGAAGACGUGGUGAAGUUACUGAAAGAGGCGAUCCACCGGCGAGGGGUCAGUCUGAAACACUCACAGUGAUUUUCAUUUUAUUAAUAUUCAAAUAAUAAAUACUGUAUUUUUAGGACUAUAAUGCGCACUUAAAAUCCUUAAAUUUUAUCAAAAAUUGACAGUUCUUGUCAUCUAAUUAACUUCAUCCUGAGUGUGUAUGUGGCUUUUUGGGCUUUAGAGACAGCCUCUAGUGGACACUGAAGGUACUGCAGAUGUUGGUGCUUCAAAUAUUAAAUGAAAGCUCAUUGAACUUGAGUUAAAAUAGAGAUAAUAAACAAGAGAAGAGAAACAGAUUAAACAGAUGUUAUAUGAAAGGAUAUCUUUGCCACAGUGUCAACAGGCAAACAGGAAAUAUACCAGACUCCUUCCUGUAGACUGAUUUGAUUUGAUGUGGGUGAUCAGGUCGUACCUUGUGUCACUUUUUCUAUUGAGAUUUAACUUUAUUGAACAGAUUUAACAGCUCAGUAAUAACAUAAUUUAACACACUCUUGUGUUACAAAGGCUUUUACUUGUAUUUAUGUAAUUACAGAUGAUCGUUUUGCAGGAUUUCUCCUGACAGACAAACCUCGGGGUAAAAUCUGCAUCAGAAUUAUAUAUUUUUAAAAGUUACGCCAAGAUGACGGUUGAUUUAUGCAGGUUUUUCUGUCGUGUAAAGCUCAUUAGAUGUUGGUCAGGGUUCAGCUCAGACUCUCUUUACAUUAAUGUUACUCAGCAGUUCCUCUCGUGUGUGUGUGUGUGUGUGUGUGUGUGUGUGUGUGUGUGUGUGUGUGUGUGUGUGUGUGUGUGUGUGUGUGUGUGUGUGUGUGUGUGUGUGUGUGUGUAGGCUGGUUAUUUGGUUUACAGAUUAUAAAUAGGGAGGGCAUAAACACACCUGUCUGUGUCUCUCUCUCUCUCUCUCUCUCUCUCUGCAGGACUUUAAUAUCGGCUCUGUUGCCAUGGUGAACGACACGGUGGGCACCAUGAUGAGCUGCGGCUACAGAGACCAGAGCUGUGAGAUUGGCAUGAUCAUCGGUAAAUAAUCACAAUCUGAAUCCCUUCAACAGCUCCGGGAUGUGCUCAGAUACACCUGACAUGAAGAUUGUUGAAUAUACCUGUAAUUUUCUGUGAAUAAACACUCAGAUCUGUUUUACUGGAUUAAUGAGUAAAUUCCUGUUUCUCUGUUUCAUACUUUGACCCAGGAGGUGUAGCUGCUUCUUAAAAACCAUGUUAGUCCUUAUCAAACAGAUAAAGUGUUUCCUUUGAAUAACCUCAGAAAUACCAACUUUAAUUAUCUGCCCCCAAAACAAACAUAAAGUCCCUAAAACGUGUAUAAUUCGGUCGUAGGUACAGGAACCAACGCCUGCUACAUGGAGGAGAUGAAGAACGUGAAGCGGGUGGAGGGCGAGGAUGGGCGCAUGUGCAUCAACACGGAGUGGGGCGGCUUUGGAGACGACAAAUCCCUGAGAGGAAUCCAGACUGAGUUUGACUUGAAGGUGGACGAGACGUCCAUCAACCCCGGCGUUCACACGUACGUAUGAUGAUCACUCCGAAAAUCGCGUAAAAGCUGAAACCACGAGUUCGUCCAAAGACGUAAAAUAUUCUUGACUUCCUCCUCUGAGUUUUUCAUCUACCAUCUACCUGAAGAUUCCGGAGUUACUGAGUAGAAAUGCCAACUUAAAGGGGCGAUUUGGGUCAAAUAUUUAACAGACAAAUCAGUAUUCACAACUUCUUUGGAGUGGAUCUGUCCCCCCAAGAAACUCCUUCAAAACAGACUGAUGUCCAUUUUGAAGAAAGGGGCGAAUCAAAAAGAGAGCUCGAUUAUGGAGAUGAUAAAACCCUCCCUUGGUGGAUCCAAGAGUGUGUGAGGCACUUUUUUUGUUUUUAUACAGUGAAAGUAAAUCAGGCAGUCCGCUGGGUGUGACUGUUUGAACAUAUUUACCUCUAAAGUCAACUUUAGCUCUAGUUGGCAAUGGGCCAAACUGUUGAACUUGAUGCGUCAUCCUUGUGAAUAGUGAAAAGUUGGUAAAAAAUUGUUUUGCAAAGAUUAAUGUUUAUCUUAGACACCUUAUUUAAGUGCAGUAUCAUGCUAACAUUUGCUAAUUAGUUAUAAACACAAAUAAAGCUUUAUUAGAUUUUCAGUUUUCCUUCACACGCCAAAGUACCGAACCCAAAGUUUCAUCCUGAAGAUGGCGCUAGAUGAUCCCAGAACAUGUUGCAGUUCGUCUUGUAACGCAUCAUGAAUAUCUGCACUAAUAAUCACCACAAUCUAUCUAUAUUGCCUCUUUAUAUUUGCCUCAAAACCACGAUUGUUGACCUCAUGGGGGCGCUCCAAUCAAAGUUAGAAGUUGACAAAACUUGGCGGAACAGACCGUCAUGGUACAAUCAAUGGUUACACCAAAUUUUGUUCGUAUCUAUAAAGCUUAUUUUAAAUAACUUCAAUGUAAAACUCCGACCAUUUAUAUUAAUGACAUAAACGGUAAAAGAUGAGAUCCCCAAACUGGAAGGGUUUGAGCCUUUAGAGGUUGUGAAUAUUUGUGAGAUGUUUCAGUUGUGAUAAAAAAAAAGUGUAAAAAUGUUUCAGUUUUCAGGAAAAUCAAGAGAAAAAUCUAAAAAAUGAUGUUUACAUGACAGAGAGAACAGAACCUCAGUCUUUAGAUGUCUUAACUCUUCAGUGACUGAUUUGUCUGACUGAAUUCCCUCAUCUCCGUCCUCUCCUGUAGCUUUGAGAAGAUGAUCAGCGGCAUGUACCUCGGGGAAAUCGUUCGCCUGGUGCUGCUGAAGCUGACGGAGGAGAAGCUGCUGUUUGAAGGACAAAUAUCGGAGGCGCUGAAGACACCGGAGAGAUUCGAGACAAAGUUCAUCUCAGAGAUCGAAGAGUGAGUGUCUUAGGAAGGAUGGGGAAUUCACAGAUCUACUUCUGAGACACAUGACACCUCUGAACAAAGACUUUAGUUGACCUGCCAGUUCUCUCUUUUCGCUGAUAAACCCGUCUGACUGGUUGAUCUGCACCUAAAGGCCUCUGAUUACCUUGAUUCACCUCUCAAACACUGAAAAAACACCUGUACAGUCAGGCUUCAGUUUCAGGUAGCUCAAUGGAAGACGAUUUCGUCUAUAGAAAACCAGCAAACAACUCUGUAAAGAUAUACACGUUCCCGCCGGUGGUGCAAGAAAAUCUGGAGUCGGUGAAACAAGAUCAGCAAACGGUGCUCAUUCAAGAGUAAUGACUUUAUCGUACCCAGGGCCUGAUUUAUGAAAGGUUUACAUGCUUGAAACUGACCACGGUCUUGACCAUCGAUGGCUGUGGUCAAAGCGGCGAAGAGUAAAAACCAGAAGUUUACAUACACUAUAUAAAAAGGCACAUUACCUUUUUUUUCUCACCAUCUAACAUUAAAUCAGAUUAAACUUUUCCUGUUUUAAGUCAAUUAGGAUUUCCAAAAUUAUUUUUAUUUGCUAAAUGCCAAAAUAAUGAGAGAGAAAAAUUUUUACACAAUUUUUUAUUAUUUUCUCAAGAGUCAAAAGUUUACUUAAAUUUCAUUAGUAUUUGUUGGUAGCACUGCCUUUAAAUUGACUUGGGUCAAAUGUUUUGGGUAUUUUGUCCCAUUUCUCUGAACAGACCUGGUGUAACUGAGCCGAGUUUGUCGGCCGCCUUGCUCACACAUGACUUUUCAGUUCUGCCCAUAAAUUUUCAAUAGGAUUGAGGUCAGGGCUUUGUGAUGGCCACUCCAAAACACUGACUUUGUUAUCCUUACCCCACUUUGUAACCAGUUUGGCAGUAUGUUUAGGAUCACUAUCCAUUUGGAAAACCCAUUUGCGCCCAAGCUUCAACUUCCUGGCUGAUGUCUUGAGAUGUUGCUUCAGUAUUUCCACAUAAUGUUCUUUCCUCAUGAUGCCACCUAUUUUGUGAAGUGUACCAGUCCCUCCUGCUGCAAAACAACCCCACAACAUGAUGCUGCCACCCCCAUAUUUCACAGUUGGGAUGGUGUUUUCAGGCUGUUCAUGGUCAUUAUGACCAAAAAGUUCAGUUUCAGUUUCAUCAGACCACAGGACGUGUCUUCAAAAAUGAAGGUCUUUGUCCCUGUGUGCAUUUGCAAACUGUAAUCUGGCUUUUUAUGUUUCUUUGUUUUUUUGGAGUCAAGGCCUUUCAGUCCAUGUCGGUACAGGACUCCUUUCACUGUUGAUAACCACAAACACUCUUACCAGCUUCAGCCAGCAUCUUCACAAGGUCUUUUGCUGUCGUUCUUGGGUUGAUAUUCACAUUUCGGACCAAAGAACAUUCAUCUCUAGGACACAGAACCCGUCUCCUCCCUAAGUGGUAUUCUGUCUGGACAUUCCCAUGGUGUUUAUACUUGCGUACAAUUGUUUGAACGGAUGAAAGUGGCACCUUCAGGUAUCUUGGACUUGUGUAGGUCCACAGUUCUCUUCCUGAUAUCUUGGCACAUUUCUUCUAAUUUUCCCAUGAUGUUACACAAAGAAGCAGAAGUGUUUCAGGUGUGCCUCUAAUUAACUCAAAUGUUGUCAAUAAACCAAUCAGAGGCUUCCAAAGACAUGAUAUCAUCAUCUGGACUUUCCCACAUUGUUUAAAGGCAUCGUCAUCUUAGUGUAGGUAAACUUUUGACUCUCGAGAAAAUGAUAAAAAAUUGUCUAAAAUAUUCUCUCUCUCAUUAUUCUGGAAUUUAGCAAAUAAAAAUAAUUUUGGAAAUCCUAAUUGACCAAAAACAGGUAAAGUUUGAUCUGAUUUAAUGUUAGACGGUGAGAAAAAAAAGGUUAUGUGCCUUUUUAUAUAGUGUAUGUAAACUUCUGGUUUCAACUGCACAUCAGUCCUGAUUAGUCAUUUCUCAUGAGCUGUUUGGGGUCGUUUCUUAUUUCUGUUUUAAGUGAGGUCUAAAAAUGACCUCGCAGAAAGGUUCAACAUGACGUCGUCUUCACUCUCUGCGUGCGUCUCCGUUUCAGGCCGGACAGCGGUUUGGAAAACACCCAGAGGAUCCUCACAAAGUUGGGUCUGAAGUGGAACGAGGUCGACUCCCGCGUUGUGCGUCUGGUCUGCGACACCAUCUCCUCUCGCUCCGCCCGUCUCUGUGGCGCUGCCCUGGCAACCAUCGCCAACCACAUGAGGAUCUGCCGCGGGCUGGACCACCUGAAGACCACCGUGGGAGUGGACGGGACGGUGUACAGGAAACAUCCGAAGUAAGAGGGAGUGUUAAUACUCGUCUGCAGUCACAAUGGAAGCUGCUUUUACAUCUCCGUCUCAGACUCUGGGCUGGUGUGAGAUGAUAUUUAAGAGUGUGUGUGAGUGUGUGUGUGUGAGUGAGUGUGAGUGUGUGUGAGUGUGAGUGUGUGUUCAAACAUUAACUCUCUUCAUGUCUCUGUGAGUAGAGCAGCGUGCUGAGAAAAUGUCAUAAAUGCGUGUUUGGAGCCCUCACUCUUCUCUCCUGCUGUAUCAUUUCCUCUCACAUUUCAACUCAACCUGCUGCUUUUAUUCGGCUUUUCCACGAUAAAAAUUUAUGAGAUUUUGCUGCGGGUAAAUUCUAAUAUUUUUCCUUUGUUUCCUCCCGUCCUUCCUUAUCUCCUUGCAUCCUUCCUUUUCUACUUUUCAUCCCUUAUCACUCACAUCGUAUUUUCCCUCCCCUCUUUCUUCCUCAGUUUCAGCGAGGAGCUUAAGGAGACGGUGCGCUCCCUCGCCUCCAAGUGUGACAUCACCUUCCUCGUCUCCGAGGACGGCAGCGGGAAGGGCGCUGCCAUGGUAACGGCUGUGGCGCAGCGGCUGGCUCUCCAGUCGCGGCUGCUGGAGGACAGCGAGGGAGAGGAUGAGGAGGAGGAAGUGGAGGAAGAGGAGGAUGUAUAAAAGCAGAGGAUGUGGAUGAUAAAGAACAACGCCGGAGUCUUAAAACUGUCGCUGAAAUAUUUGAAUACUCUCUAAUUACAGCCUCACGUGGUUCCAGGUGUUUUCUCUGUGUUUUUCAGGUGUAAUUUUACGAUGUUUGUUCUCGAAUUAUUUAUGUUUUUGCAGAGUCGUUUUAUGUGCAAAUGCCAAAGAGAAAAAUUCAAGGGGAGAAUUAAAUGAUGUUCAAAUCUGAGGAGAUCUCCGGAGCUCAUUUCAUGAUUUUAUUUUUAUUUACAUGAAAUAAAACAAAUCAAACCGUUCA